AUGCUUAACAGCCCGAAAAAUUUUAAUUCAAAGAAUAUACCCGACCUUGAGAUUAGCAAACUCCAAUCACAAAUAGAGUGUGUCGGUAUUUUAAUACCGGAUAACAAUAAGCAAACCAAUUUAUCGAAGGAAAUCGAAACUGAAAUUAUACCUUAUAAAGAGAAACCUACAACAAGUAAAUUGGAAUUUACAACAACGGAUAGUGACAGUGAAGGGAGUACGUUAGAUAUCAGUAAAGUCGCCGGCACUGAAAGGGAGAUGGCACCUGCACCCCAGAUUUCUACCGGGGUUGGCGGCCAGAGAUUGGAGCUAGUGAACCAACCCGAAACAUCUCUAUCGUCGUGA